AUGACAAACUCAAGCCUUAAUAUAAAUGAUCAAUACUGGACAUUACGGGCAGAGGAGAUUCCGGACGAAGAGAAGAACCUUGGUCCUCAUGAUCGCUUAAUUCAUGUUUAUCAUUUCACCAAGGAAACGGCACAAAAUCAAAUGCAAGUUCAGAAUUUUGGAGAACCUUUCUUUUUGGUCAUUCGUGAAGGUGAAACUUUGGCUGAAGUUAAAGUGCGAAUUCAGAAGAAGUUGCAGGUUCCGGAUGAGGAAUUUUCAAAGUGGAAGUUUGCAUUUUUGUCACUGGGACGCCCCGAGUAUCUUCAGGACACUGACAUUGUGUCCAGCCGUUUCCAGAGAAGAGAUGUUUAUGGUGCUUGGGAGCAGUACCUUGGCUUGGAGCAUUCUGAUACAACUCCUAAAAGAGCUUACGUAUCUAACCAGAAUCGUCACACGUUUGAGAAGCCAGUUAAGAUAUACAAUUAAGGAAUCUUAAGAUGGGAUCUUUAGCUCCAAGCUCAAUAGUGCAUCUCUCCCGAGUUCAUGCGAUUGUAAAAAAAGUUGGGACUCUGCUGAUUGAAGAUGGGAUUGAGUGUCAUAGAAAGAGGUCACUAGCUUGAGGCUACCUGUCUUCUCUCCUUUUUGUUUCUAUUUUCCAGUGAAUUGGUGGUUUUGUAGGGCGAAAUUUUUCCGUCAAUUUUUCUGGGGAGGGAACCUUUCUCCUAGGUCUUGCUCCUUGUUCAUACAAGAAAGUAGUAUUUGUUGCUCCCUUUUUUUUUUCCUCCCUUUCCAGGCGCUUCUCUGGUUUGGAGGGACUCAGGUUUGUUGCUUUCUUUGUGUGUAGUUAUUGGUAAUACCAAGGUUUUGAUUUGUGGGGAUGUAAAGUGGUAGGGACUCGUGGUUUAUGCUCCCUCCUUGUCCAUUGCGUUUGAUGUAUUUUCCAGUUUUCACUUCCCCUCUUUUGAUUGUGUACAUUGUCAUCUUAUAAUGGGGGAUAUGCAUUUGUAAGAAAAACAGAUCGUCUUAGUUAAAGAUCCAUGUAAUAGCCCUUUUAUUCUAAUGCAAUAUAAAAUGUUUUUCUUAUUA